GCCGUUCUUCUAUUGAUCAUUUUGGCUUUUUUUCGUAAAACGUAAACAAAAUUUGACGAAAAGGAUUUGUGAGAUUAUUUCCUGCCCCAAGUGAACCGUGUGUUUUAUGAAGAGUAUUUCCGUGAAUUGUGCGUGAGAUGGAAUUCGUGAAUGUGUCAGGAAGGUGCCGGGCGUGUCGUAUAAAGACGCAGAAGGAAUUCCAAAUUCCCAUCUUUGCCACAGAGAAUCUCCAGCUGAUUUUCCACGAAGCUACAUCACUUGAGAUUCACGAGAAUGAUGGACUUCCGGGAAUUCUUUGCAAUGACUGCUAUCGCCACCUUCUGGAUGCACAUAAAUUCCGUCAAAUGUGUGCAUCCUCUGCCAUGGAAUUCUAUCACAUUCUCUCCGAACAGGGUGAUAGUGAUUUUGAGGAGAAAUACCAACCUCCGGAGCAUGUGGAGAAGUCCAGUGGUAGUGAAGUUAUGUUUCUCCAGGAAGAAGAAUUUAAUUUGCCAGAAGAGAAAUUUAAUCCAAUCUCAUUGGUGGAAGCUCAAUUUAUUCAGGGGGAACGUAGCACAGUAGAAGCAGAGAAACGUAAAAGGGGUCCUGCUAAAAGAGGAAAGAAACCUGCUGACCUGGGCAAUGGGGAUCCUCUUGGGUUACUGAAAGAUGAUGACCCCGAUUGGACAGCUAAAAAGACCCCUAAGGGACGAAAACAAUCCAAAACUCCAUCGAAACCUCGGAAACCGUAUAAGAAAAGAGAGAAGAAACCUCGGGAUGAUGCGGAUCCUGCAAUUGCAGGGGAGGCAGAAGAUAAACCGGCUGUUUCUGCAUCAGCUGGGAAGACAAAAAGAAUGUGUGCUAUAUGUGGGAAGAUGUACCUUCACAAAGCCAACCUCAAGUGGCACAUGCGCAUCGUCCAUCAGGGUCUCAAAGAGGCAAAAUGUGAGAUUUGCAACAAGGAAUUUACCCGUGCUUAUAGCCAUGCAACACACAUGAUGGUCGUUCAUGGGAAUAAGAAACUUCUCAGAUGCACAGAGUGUCGUGUUGUUUUCCGUACAAAUGAGGGCUUUGAGAAGCACCAAAAGGAAUGGCACGAUCCGGAAAAUCCCCGAGAGAAAACCCGGAACUUUAUGUGUGACCUCUGUGGCAAAGCUUUCUUUUCCAAUGCAGCCCUCCAAAGGCAUACCAGUUCCCACCUCGGCACCAAGCCCUUCCAAUGUACCCUCUGCCCAAAGGCAUACAAUAGAAAUCAUCGUCUAAAGGUCCACAUGAUGCGUCAUGAGGGUAUUAAGAAUCACGUAUGUACGGUUUGUGGACUCCGUAAGACCACUCUGACAGAGUUAAAGACUCACAUGAAUAUCCAUACAAAAGAACGUGUCUUCUCGUGCAAGUAUUGCCCCAAAACAUUCCUCAAGGGGGCUAGUCUAACGCGACACACCAAGGUUGUCCAUCAGGGGAUUAAAGCCUUCAACUGCCCGCACUGUGAACGUUCAUUCGGGAAGAAGGAAACCCUCAAGCAUCACGUGAUGACCCACACAGGUGAGAAGCCCCAUGGUUGCAAUAUCUGCGGGAAGAGAUUCAUCCAACCAACAGCACUUCAGACUCACAUGAAGACGCAUCAGAAAAUGAAUUUAGUUCAACCCAUGAAUGUAGCUCAAAUGUAACCUGAUUUUGUAAAUUACCUUGGAGUAAUAAAGGUGUGUGGGUGGGGGUGGGGUUGUAUAAAUUGUCCUAAUUUAAAAUAAAAUUUAUGAAAAAU